AUGAUCGGGUUAUGUUAAUUACAUAAGCAAAACGUAAAUGAUUCGCGGGAAAAGGUGAAAAAAUGGCGACGUUCACUGGCUGCGUUUCUGCGGCGCUUGAGCUGUAAAAACGGCAGAAAGUCUCUCACGCGUCGCGAAUGGGAUUCGGGGCUGCCAGAGGAGGAAUUAGCUGCACUUUUGGCGCGUUUUACCCGCGGGAUCGGAGAGAAAUCAAAGCGGAAGUGUAGUUGUGUCUAUUGUCAGCAUGUUGGAAUCGGCCUGUCGGGACGGAUAUCUGACAGUCGGGUCGGAACCUCUAGAAGCCAAACACCUGCUUCCCAAGAGAGAGAAAACCUGCAGCGACCAGGAGACCAACUUGACUGUGGGCCAGUACGUGCUGUGCCGCUGGUCUGACGGCCUGUACUACCUGGGCAAGAUCCAGAGAGUGAGUGCCUCAAAACAGAGUUGCUUUGUGACGUUUGAAGACAACUCCAAGUUCUGGGUGCUUUGGAAAGACAUACAGCAUGCUGGUGUCCCUGGGGAAGAACCCAAAUGCUCAGUGUGUUCUGACAUGUCUCUGGUUCCUGGUAAUGAAAUUCUUAUCUGCGGGAAGUGUGGAAUAGGCUAUCACCAGCUCUGCCACUUGCCCCCAGUGGAGAGCUCAGCUGACCUUCACCCAUGGUUCUGCAGGAAGUGCAUUUUCGCUUUAGCUGUGAGAAAAGGGGGAGCUCUGAAAAAGGGGCAGAUCUCCAAAGCGCUGCUGAACAUGAAACAGGUGCUGCCCUAUAAUCCGGAGGAGCUGGAGUGGGACUCUUUGCAUCGUACGAACCAUCAGCAGUGCUACUGCUACUGCGGAGGACCAGGAGAGUGGUAUCUGAAAAUGCUGCAGUGCUUUCACUGCGAGCAGUGGUUUCAUGAGGCGUGUACACAGUGCCUACAGGAGUCCAUGAUGUUUGGAGAUAGGUUUUACUUGUUCAUUUGUGCGGUGUGCAAUAAAGGAGCGGAAUACAUCAAGCGGCUGGCUCUCAGAUGGGUGGAUGUGGUCCAUCUUGCCCUGUACAACCUUGGAGUCCAAAGUAAAAAGAAAUACUUUGAACUGGAAGAGAUCCUGACCUUCAUCGGCAACAACUGGGACCAUUUCCAGAUGGGCAAGCUUUCCAAUACUCCUCAGGCUGAACGGAGCCAAUAUAUCCUUGAUGCCCUCAACAACUAUAAAAGCAAGUUUCUCUGCGGCAAGGAGAUCAAGAAGAGGAAAUACAUUUUCAGACUAAGGACAAGGGUUCCUCCUAACCCCCCUUCUAAGUUGUUUCCGGAGAAGGCCCAGAACAGUGAGGGCCACAGGGGCCGCAAGAAAGGGGCCAGCAGAAGCAGUAGCUCUGUUCCUGCAGAGAAGCGGAGGAAGAGGUCCAAGUGGCUGCUGGAGGAUGCUAUUCCUAAUAAUGACCUCACCUCUACCUGGGGCACCAAUCAUCACAUGGCCAACAUAUUCGACUUCACGCUGGACGAGCUGCAGAGUUUAAAGAGCACCAGUUCAGGACAGACGUUCAGCAUGGACCAGGACUCCACUGAUGCAGCUAGUACUUCUGGUUCUGCCACCACCAGCGUUUCCUAUGACUUCAGGAAAAAUGUGGGCAGUCGGAAGAGGAAGUUGCCCUCCUCUAAUUACACCGUGCUGGCCACAAAAAGAGAGAUGGUGGAGCGUGAGCUGAGCCCCAUCAGCAUGCCCGGAGAAGAGAGUAACGUCAUGAUGGAGAACAGCAUCGACAGCCACACCUUUGAGAGCAUCAGCGAGGACGAUUCCUCACUUUCUCACCUCAAGUCUUCUAUCACCAGCUAUUUUGGGGCGGCCGGUCGGCUCACCUGCGGGGAGAAGUAUCAGGUUCUGGCUCGCAGGAUCACACCUGAAGGCAAGGUGCAGUAUUUGGUGGAGUGGGAAGGAACUACACCUUACUGAAUAUCACAGAACAGAGGUGUGGAACAGAUGGGCUGCGAAGGAGGGUGUCACGCGGUUCCUCCCAUAGUUUACUCUCUGUUUCGCUUAUUUGACAGUCAUAGUUUCAGAGUUCUAGUUUUGUUUUCAUUGUUUUCCACAAACCACAUUUAGCGCUUUCUCUGAUAUUCUGGUCUUCUCACAUGCGAGACGUUAAAGUCUUUUUGUUUUUCUUGAAGUCAUUUGCAGUGUCUUUUUGGGGCACUUUAAACAUCACAAAUAUGAUCGAGUCUAGUAACAUACUAACCUUACACAGUAUAACAUCAUUUUUAGGUAGCAGAUAAAGGACAGUAUUAUACGACAUGAAGUCAUAUCAGUUUAGUUUUGGGGUUAAAACAGUUUAAAAGUAUUCGUCCCAUGAAUUUCAUUUCCUAUUCUUAAGAGGUUUACUGUUCAUCCAAAAACAAAAACUUGCUAAAAAAGUUAGUCUCUGUCAGGCAAUCUAAGAGGCCAAGAUAUAAAUGGGUUUGUUUCUGGAAGAAUGUGCUCACUAAUGGAUCCUAUGUAGUGAAUGGGUGGGUGCUGUUAGAAUGAAGUCCAAACAUCUAAAAAAAAAUCACAAAAAUCCACAAGUAAUCAACAGCACUCCAGUUGAUCAGUUAAUGUCUUGUGAAGCACAAAACUGUGUUUGUAAGAAAAGAUAUAUAUAUAUCUUCAGACCUCUAGUCCUCUGUGCAUAAUAUUGCUUCCUCCAGUGUCUGAUUCAGGAGAGAAAUAUGCAUAGAUCAAGCGAUGUUUACAAGCAAAAACAGUCCUAAAUAUUUUGGUGUAUUUCGAUGUGAGAAGGCAAAAAGGGAUGGACUUUUUCAAUUUGAAAUGCCUGGAUUUGUUUUUUUGUUUCACUUCACAAGAUGUUAAUCGAUGGACUGAAGUGGUGUGAUGUUUUUAUUAGCUUUUUAGACUCUCUUUCUGACGGCACCCAUUCACUGCCUUGGUGAGCAAGUGAUGCAAUGCUAAAUUUAUCCUGUUAUGUCGUGAAGAAGAACCAAACUCAUCUAAAUCUUGGAUGGUCUGCGGGUGAAUACGUUUUCAUUUUAUUACAAAUUUUCAUUUCAAAGCAAAUUAUUCCUUUAAAGUACAUUUAUCAGUAUUUCUUCAGAAGGAAUAUAUAGCGAUUUGUACGCAAUUAUUUGUUCACCUAAGAUUAACAGUGCAGCGGUACUUUUUAGCUACGUUCAAAUAUUAGCACUUUCGUUGUUUCCUGUUCAACCGUAAUUUUUGAAUUUGUUCUAGGUGAUUAUAUAACCAAAGUGAUGCAAAUACUGUCUUGAGUAUUUUUCUGUUAUAUGCUUUUGUAUGCUCUGGCAUGUCAGAUUGGAUAAACAAGACCUGCUUUGAGAAAGCAGAAUGAUCUGAAAGGGGAAAGUGAUCAUUUGCAUUGAAUUAGCAAUAAAACCUAGGCUCUUAUCAACAUUUGCCCACAUAUUAAUAUCAAAUCAUCUCCAAAGAGUGGCGUUAUGUUUGAGAUCGAUCUGGAAGUGAUUGGAUUGACUGGAAAAUUGAAGGUUAUGUGAAGUUUCAAAGCUGUUAGGUUCUAUAAUUUGACUUCAUUUAGUUUUAUAGCACACAACAUUAUAAAUAUACUUUAUUAUUUACAUGUAUAUAAUUGGAUAUAAGAUUAGCCCCAUUUUAUUAUUGCACUAUUAACAUGUUUUAUCAGCUAUGCAAGCUAUUAUUGGAUAAAUUGACCUAUAUUUUCUAAUUGAUUUUAAAGGAAAAAUGUAUAAAAAGAUAUUUCAAAUAUUUAGUUUUUACUUUUAUAAUAUUUCCCCAAAGGAAAAGCAUUUGUGAAAUUGAAAUUUGUCAACAAAACGCAAUGUUUUUGCAUGUCAACUCGCUCACAUUUCAAGAGACGUUUUAUAUUGUGGUCACAAGCUUACCAAGGUUUAAAAGACAAACAACUUAUUGCAUUUGUACAAGAUUAAAACUAAGCGGUUUAUAAUGCUUUUAUGACAAAUUUUCUACGCAGGACCCUCAAAGCCGUACGUGGUAAACAUGUGGGUUUUUUUGUAACAGUGUUCAAGCAUGUUAAAUGUGCAAACUUGCAUGUGUCAUUAUUCAUUCAUUCCUGUUUGAGACCAUUAAAACAGUUUGUCGGCAA